AUGUCCAAGACUGACGACAGCGGUAAAGAUGAGGAAGCUUUCCUAGGCAAGCUGCGAUCGAACUUUCUUGGGCUGGAAUUCAUGGCUUACGGCGAGGGAAUGAACCCAAAGAAGAUUGACAGCUCCAUGUCACAGGUCCAUGCCCUACAGCUGACCAGGCAAGAGCUGCUCGCCGUCCAGUACAGUUCCUCCCUGUGGGGUACGAAGCCUCGUGGACCUCGGAAGAUGGGUGCAGUGAUCCCUAAGGUGCAGCCCAACGGCGAACGGUUGGUUUGCAGGACGCUACAUCCAGAUACUGAAGGCCUUGUGGCCCUCCAGAAGGCCAACAAUACCAGCCAUAUCCACACCUUCCACAACAAGCCUCCAAAGUGGAACGAGCAGGUGGGCGCCUUUGUCUUGAACUUCAACAAGCGAGUGACACAGGCGUCGGUGAAGAACUUCCAGCUCACCACCGUGGACGACCCCGACACGGUCUUCUUACAGUUUGGACGAGUGGGCAAGGAUGUCUUCAACAUGGACUUCCGCUUUCCCUUCUCUCCGUUCCAAGCCUUUGCCAUUUGCCGGGAGCUCCUACGACUGACGUGCACGACUGACGGAGUAGUGCACAUAGCAAAGACGUGGUGCAAAGCCAUGUGGCUUUGA